AUGACACGGACUUCGCCGUGUGGCCACCUUCAGAACCGGGAUAAUCGUGAAUGAAAACAGCCUGCCAGGCUUCAUUUUCGACCGCAGCAUUCAGUGACAUCUAUCUUGACCGGUUUGUGCUUUGGUAUCAUAUGAGUAGAUAAUACACGUCGUCGUCUGGAAUCACCGUCUCUAGUUUACCCAGCAUUGCGCAUGAUGUCGUCACACAAUAUCCAGCCUCGUGUCUGGCCAUGGUCUUUUCCGAAUUCAAAUGUGCUCGCGAAAGACGGUAGCAAUGCAGUAAAUAUCAGAAUAACAGAUGUUGCGAAAGACCAUUACAUCUCAACGCCGUAUACUUCGCCCGAAGUCUUCCUCAACGCGUUCGACAGUCCCCCUCUCGAAAGAACAAGAGUCCGCAUUAUUUCUGUGUACUCGCGGAGGACUAUAUCACCGUUGGAAGUUACCCAGGCGCUACUAGAACACGUUUUUGAAGUGCACCACGUCCACCAUGAGUUCUCAAAUGUCGUCGCGUCAUUUGGUCAGAAUCCAAACCUGGCUGAGGGGAGCAGUAAUAACGCUAUCAUCACUAGAAAGCUAUCUGGUGAUUGCGACCUCUCGUACCAAAUUCGCUAUGUCGAGAAAAAUCAACGUGGGGGUCAAGAUCCUUGGUCCCUACGGCACACGGGUGUGUUCCACCACCAUAGCUCUACAGGUGGAAUCGAUGUAAUCAUCCUGUUGCAUCCCAUUCGUAUGCCCCUGGCCGAAACUGCGAUAAAGUCGCUGCAGAAUGAUCCGACCACACGGGCGGGAUUUUGUGACAACCCGUUCCUGUUGCAUACUUUGCUCUUCUCUCAAUACUUUGACAAUUGGCGCUGGUACUUCCGCUAUAUUGGUGAACGUUUCGCUGAGGAGAACAACCUUGCCAUGGUCAUACAGCCAGAGCGCACAGAACCGAAGUCGAGCUUUUUAAGGGUUCAACGGUUGCGUAAUACGAACGACUUCAUCCUCUUCGCACGCGCUUGUUGUUCAGGGAACUUAGCUCUUCUUGGCCAACUAUCUCGAUCGUCGAUUCGGCUACUCAGUAAUCUGGAUGAACUGAGCGCACAUGAGUCGAAGAUGGGAGGAUAUAUCGAAAGUGCGGAUGUGCUCAAGGGUAGGGUGCAAAAUUUGAUUGACCUUGUCGGCUACACUUUGACUUUACAUAACCAGCUCGAGGCGGCGAAGAUUGACACGGAGUUGCGUGACUUGACCGAAGGCCUAAAGAGGCUUACCGAAGACACCGUUGACGAUAGCGCGACCGUGAAGAUCAUAACCUUCGUGUCUGCAGUAUAUCUUCCAGGGAGCUUUAUUGCUACACUCUUCGGCAUGAACUUCUUCCUCUUCAAUCCAAUCUCAAAACAGCUCGAGAUCUCGCCCGACUUCUGGAUCUUCAUUGCAACCUGGCUUCCUCUCAUUUUUAUUACAGGUGCCGUGUACGUGCUAAUCUUGUAUCUUGAUUCUAAAUUGAAGCGGAAAACGUUUCGUUGGCCGUGGCAGAUGAAAGCACGUAGUCGCUCAGCUGUAGUCUUUUCGAAAAAGGCGGAUCAAUGACCGGAGUUUGCGAGAAUUCUGUUGCUUUGGAUCAAUUACAUGCAUCUUCCAGAUUCUAAAAUUGCUCGAUGGUUGUGGAUG